AUGGUGAGUGAAUUACCUGAUGGGAUUGGUAAUCUUAAUCUAGAGCGUUUUGUCAUCCAUGAGAACAGCUUCACUAACCUUAUUCCAACUAAAAUAGUCAAUAGUUCAACUCUUAAAUGGCUGGCCCUGAGUAACAAUGAAUUCUUUGGUUAUCUUCCAUUCAGCAUGGGGCUAUGGCUUCCUAAUCUCGAAGGACUUGUGCUCCAUCACAACAAGCUGGCUAGAAUAAUCCCAAGCUCCAUCUCGAAUGCUUCAAAGGUUACCAUCCUAGGCCUGAAUGGCAACUCACUCACCAGAGUUAUUCCUAAUCUUGGUAAUUUAAAGCUCCUUUCCUAUCUUCUAGGGGAAAAUAAUCUGGCAAAGGAAUCCUCCACUCCAGAAUUGAGAUUUUUCUGUUCUUUAACAAAUUGCAAAUACUUGAUGUUGUUGGAAUUGUCACUCAAUCUAUUAAAUGGCAUCCUCCCAGUGUCAUUGGGGAAUCUCUCUACUUCUCUUGUAUUUUUGGGGGCAUUUGGAUGUAAACUUAAAGGGGAUAUUCCUAGUGGAAUUGGAAACUUGAGCAACUUGGAGAGGUUAUGCUUAGAUAGCAAUGAGUUGACAGGAUUCAUCCCGAGAGGACUCGGGAGAUUGAUGUCUCACACGGUUAUAUCUCGAGCACAAUAG